AAGAAGCGCGAAAAGUCAAGUUUGAUUUAAAAUCUUGCAAAUUCAACUAUAACAUUCAGAUAAGUUUUCUCUAAUUUGGUAAACCAAUGGGCGAUUUAAUAAAUCACUUCGACGUAUUCAAAAAAUUGGGCUUUGAUUGUGCCAAUCAAUGGAUACUGUAUGAUGAUCGGUUCCAAAAGUUCUUUAAUUUUUUCACGGAAAAUAUCGCAGAUGUAAACAUAUUAACUGAACGCGAAGUUUUAGAGUUUGAUGAGCUACAACAAAGGGACGAAUUGCUGGAAGCCGGCGAACGUACUACAAAACUGGAAGAACUAGAAAACUCAAAUCCUGGACUCCUACAAUACACAGAAGAUCAAGUAAAGAAUUUGACGGAUGAGUUGCGGUUGCUAGAACAGACCGAGGACAACUAUGCAACGCUCGUUGAGGAUAUGAGAUGCACCAAGAUCAAAAUAAAUUCUGAACUAGGAGAUUUGGAAAAUGAAAUUAGCGUACUGGUCAACAGAGAAAAUGAACUACUAACAGAAUGUCAGAAGAAAACACGGCAGCUGGAAGAAGCACAACGUGAAAACUAUAAGCUGUCGAAUGAAGCUACCCGAUGUUUUAGCAAAAUUCAAUCGCCGCCCUUAUUCAUACAUCAACUGCCUAUAGACCAGUACUUGCUUAAAUGUGAUACUUUCUUGCAAUAUUUCACUUUAUAUAUGAAGGAAAACUUUAAAAUUCAAGAUUAUGCUGAAUUGGAUAAUACCACUGUCGACCAUUCCGAAUUCUCUGACAAACUUCAGUCUUUGGCUAAGUCCAUGGAGUACUACACUCUUGAAUACAUUAAAGAAAAGGCUAAGGCCAAAGCAACGCAAUCGUUAAUUGAUCUCCUAGAUCUCUCACAAAUACAUGUAAUCAGCCUGGCUGACAUGGAUCAUGAGACUCGUGAACUGGAAAUGAUGAAUGAUCAUCACUUAAAAAUAGCAAAUGAAACUCUACUGAACGAUCUCACUUUACAUGUGCGGCAUCACACUCAACAGCGAAUGGAAUUGAUACUGUAUGAAAAUACGAAAUUAAAAUUGGAGCGUGCAUUAAAGCGCCACGAGACCGACAAGCGAUUAUCUAAAAUGAUUUCGGAUGCUUUAUCUAAUGCUGAACUUGUUUGGAUCGCAAUACAAUUAGAUUUAGAACGUAAACGAAAUCGUUUUAUUAAUACUGAUCAAUUAAGUAGCGAAACAGAAUCUUGCUGCAGACGCAUUAAAUUUAUGCGUUCCAUUCAAUAUAAUAAUAUGCCGCUUAUGGUACAAGGUGGAGGAAUUACCAGUACAUCUGCUGCCUCACUACUGGACUCUAUUGCUGAGCAGUUAACACGACAUUUAGGACAGAAAGUUCGCAGUGAGGCGAAGUCAUGUCUCUAUGAAUUUGAGAAAUUCCUUCGGUUAUUGUCGUAUGCAAAGAAUGGCAUGAUCAGUUGCAAAGCGUACACACACGCUUUGACGCAAAUGGACGAAUUGGAACGCAUUGAACGGCUACUACGCCCAAUGGUAUAUGAUAGUCCAGUGGAGGUGCCGAUGUUUGAGCAUGUACGUUUUUUAAUGCCUAUUUAUAAUGCAAAAACCAAUCAGGAGCGCAUAGACAAAACACUACGGUAUUUGCGUACACAAUUUCAAGAAAACAUUACCGAAAGAAUUGAGAAAGAUAAGCUUUGGCGCUACAGUCAGUUGUUAUGGAUGUGGUUUUUAACAGAACCUCGGCGAAUGAUAAUGGCCAUUGAAGAGGCGAAGAAAGCUGCAUCUAAGGUGCCAACUAUAGCUGGUAUGAAGUCUCUAAGUGGCAUAAAACGUAAAUAAUUAAAAAACUUGAGAUAUAUUAAAAGAAAAAAUUAGCACAUUAGAUUAGGUUAAGCGGUGAAUGUAUUAAAAAGCCACUGAGAUAUGAGCCGUUGAGUGCACACAUCGACUAACUCCACUUUUUGAAAAAUCUUACAUUUAAGUGUCAAAGCACUUGGUAUAGUCAUAACUUAUUAAGUUUAUAAUAACUUCAUGUAACAAAUAGUACAUGAUAUUUAUAACAACAUUUUUUAUUUGAUUAUAUAAUAUAAACGGAAUUUUAAAAAUUAAUUACAUUAUUUGAUCGCAUCUCCUAACCUUUUGUUGAUGAAGUUAAUCUAUGUGUGCACUGAACGGCUAAUAUCUCUGUCUGCAUUUUUUUCUUUGCUUGAAAUUGAA